AUGGCUUCCGUAGCGUUGUCGACUCCUGUCAAGUCCCACAGGGGACUAUUCUCAGCCCGUACCGCCGGCGGACGGAUGCCUCUGACCCCCUCUCCCCGUCAGCAGGCAUCUACCACCAGUAUCCCUCUCAACCUAAACUCUUCUCCCUUCACCCCCGAAAGACAGUCCAGCAAUGACUUCAGACCUUCAGGCCGUUCUACCUAUGGCGGUAAUCUCAUGGCUCACCUCGCCAAGUCUAGCACAAAGUCCUCUCACCGAGACUCCCCCAAGUCCAACAUCGCCCGUGGCGUUCAGACUCCCCGCAAGGCUCUCGAGCUCGGUGUCUCUGACUUUACGCUCACCGGCACUGGCAACACCACCACUACCAAGACUCCCGCUAGCACAAAGUCCAAGAAGACCAUUCGUUCCAAGGCUGCCAAGACUACCCUCAACUAUGGUGGCGACCGAUUCAUCCCCAACCGUGGUGCGAGCACUGCGAUCUCCAACGCUGGCUCUGGCAAGCUAGAUCUCUCUGACAGACAGCGACCGAAGAGCAGCAGUGCUGAGAGCUCUACCGUUCUCUCCACUGCCGCCGAUGAGGCCAUGGCUGCUCUUGAGAGUCUCAACAUCAACGACGAUGAGCCCGACAACUACUCCCGACCUUCCCCCAACACUGUUGCCUACCAGGAUUCCCUUGCCAGCGCUUGUGGUGUGAGCCUCAACACUCGCAUCCUCGAGUUCAAGCCUGCUGCUCCUGAGUCUUCCAAGCCCAUUGACCUGCGACAACAGUACAACCGACCCCUCAGGUCUGCCACCUCUAGCUCUGCUCAGCUUCGCCGUCGCAUUGCUACCGCCCCUGAGCGUGUCCUUGACGCCCCUGGUCUCGUCGAUGACUACUACCUUAACCUUCUCGACUGGAGCUCUGAGAACCAGGUUGCUAUCGGCCUCGAGCGCAACGUCUACGUCUGGUCUGCCGAUGAGGGUAGCGUCAGCUGCCUUCUUGAGACUACCCCCGACACCUACGUAAGCAGCGUCAAGUGGUCUGGCGACGGUGCCUACGUCAGCGUCGGUCUCGGCACCGGUGAGGUCCAGAUCUGGGAUGUUGCGGAGGGCCAGAAGAUCCGAAGCAUGUUCGGCCAUGAUACCCGCGUGGGUGUCAUGGGAUGGAACAAGCACCUCCUUUCUACCGGUGCCCGAAGUGGCCUUGUCUACAACCACGAUGUUCGCAUUGCUGAGCACAAGGUUGCUGAGCUUGUUUCUCACACUUCCGAGGUUUGUGGUCUUGAGUGGCGCUCCGAUGGUGCCCAGCUCGCUACUGGCGGCAACGACAACCUCGUCUCCAUCUGGGACGCCCGAUCUCUGUCCGUUCCCAAGUUCACCAAGACCAACCACAAGGCCGCCGUCAAGGCUCUUUCUUGGUGCCCCUGGAACAUGAACCUCCUCGCUACUGGUGGUGGCUCUUACGACCGCCACAUCCACUUCUGGAACUCCACCUCGGGUGCUCGCGUCAACAGCAUCGACACUGGCUCUCAGGUCACCUCUCUCCGAUGGAGCCCCCACCAGCGCGAGAUUGUCAGCUCAAGUGGUUUCCCCGAUAACUCCCUCAGCAUCUGGAGCUACCCGACCCUUGUCCGAACUGUCGAGAUCCCUGCCCAUGAGAGCCGCGUCCUCCACAGCUGCCUGAGCCCUGAUGGUCAGAUGCUUGCUACAGCUGCUGCCGAUGAGAGUCUCAAGUUCUGGAAGAUCUUCGAGAAGAAGGCUGGCGCUGCGGCCGGCGUCGGUGCCUCUGGCGCGUCUAGCAAGGCCUCCAUGGCCAAGCAGAUGACCAUCCGAUAA